GGGGGAGGGAUGCGGGGCUCCCGGGCUCGCCUGCCCUUGCUGACAGCCGCCCACCCGCUCACCACCCCUCACAGCCUAGGCGAGGACUUCUACCGUGAGGCCAUCGAGCACUGUCGCAGCUACAACGCGCGCCUGUGCGCCGAGCGCAGCCUGCGCCUGCCCUUCCUCGACUCUCAGACCGGUGUGGCCCAGAACAACUGCUACAUCUGGAUGGAGAAGACCCACCGCGGGCCCGGUUUGGCUCCAGGACAGAUCUACACGUACCCCGCCCGCUGUUGGAGAAAGAAACGGAGACUCAACAUCCUGGAGGACCCCAGACUCCGGCCCUGCGAGUACAAGAUCGACUGUGAAGCACCCCUGAAGAAGGAGGGUGGCCUCCCUGAAGGGCCAGUCCUAGAGGCUCUCCUGUGUGCUGAGACAGGGGAGAAGAAGAUUGAGUUGAAGGAGGAGGAGGCCAUUAUGGACUGCCAGAAACAGCAGCUGCUGGAGUUUCCACAUGAUCUCGAGGUGGAAGACUUGGAGGAUGACAUUCCCAGGAGGAAAAACAGGGCCAAAGGAAAGGCAUAUGGCAUCGGGGGUCUCCGGAAACGCCAGGACACCGCUUCCCUGGAGGACCGAGACAAGCCGUAUGUCUGUGAUAUCUGUGGGAAACGGUAUAAGAACCGGCCGGGGCUCAGCUACCACUACACCCAUACCCACCUGGCUGAGGAGGAGGGGGAGGAGAACACCGAGCGCCACGCCCUGCCCUUCCACCGGAAAAACAACCAUAAACAGUUUUACAAAGAAUUGGCCUGGGUUCCUGAGGCACAGAGGAAACACACAGCCAAGAAGGGGCCUGACGGCACUGUCAUCCCCAACGGCUACUGUGACUUCUGCCUGGGUGGCUCCAAGAAGACAGGGUGUCCCGAGGACCUCAUCUCCUGUGCUGACUGUGGGCGAUCAGGACACCCCUCGUGUUUACAGUUCACGGUGAAUAUGACGGCAGCUGUGCGGACCUACCGCUGGCAGUGCAUCGAGUGCAAGUCCUGCAGCCUGUGUGGCACCUCAGAGAAUGAUGGUGCCAGCUGGGUGGGUCUCACCCCCCAGGACCAGCUGCUGUUUUGUGACGACUGCGAUCGGGGUUACCACAUGUACUGCCUGAGCCCCCCCAUGGCGGAGCCCCCAGAAGGGAGCUGGAGUUGUCACCUCUGUCUUCGGCACCUGAAAGAGAAGGCCUCUGCCUACAUCACUCUCACCUAGGCCUGGCUCUGGCUCACCAGGACCCCUGGGGUGGUGCUUGCCCACCUGCCUCUCGGAGCUCCUCUGCUCCCUCCUCAUCCUUAAUGCCCCACAGUGGGAGGGGGCGGGGGAGCCUGAGAGGGGACUGGGCCGCCCCCUUCCCUCUGCGCAAGUGGAAUGUUUGCCCUGUGGGUUGGUGGGCCCAGCAGGGCUCCUCUCCCUUCCUCCCUCCUUCCCCAUCCCUUGGCAAAUGGGCACCAGGGGCUUCUGCUCCCCUCAAAGCCAUACCCCGCCUCUGGGCGGGCACGAGGGGUGGCGGAUGCCAGCCGGAGGGCCCAGACCCAGCCUUUUUCUAAAGAAAAAGUCAAAAAGUUUUUUAAAAAAAGAAAAAAGAAAUUAAUAUAUACAAAGAGUCCUAUAAGGCCUGGCUGGGUGAGGGGGCACUGCUGAGCGAGUCCACAGGGCACCAGUCUACGCCAGCUUCCUGCCUGGCGGCCCCUCCCCCCAGUUUUGGAGCUGCAACAACCCCACCUCCCAUCCCCAGGUGGGCAGCAUUCCCCCCUCCUGCCCAGGGCAGGUGGGUGUGGUGUCCGCCCUGUCCCCCCUUGGUGCCCACCGUGGAUACUGCAUGACGUGAACCAUGGCUUUGAACUCUGUUCCUGCCCCUCCCUGAGAGCC